AUGGCAACCGCAAGUGCAAAAUUCACUUCCAGGACUUCGUCACUCCCGCAGUCUGCACCAACCACCAGACCCUCCCACAUUGACCUCAACAAACCCGCCACGGAACUUAGCACCCAGCUAUCAUACUACAUCACGCCCACCAGCACCCCCACCCCGGAAACAACCAUAGCGGUAGCAUCAGUCCCGCCCUCCGUGAUGCGUCCGGGCCCCUCAACGCCCCCUCUCACCGAAGACUCCACCUCCUCCAAGUCUUCGACAAAGCUCUCCAUCCGCACCAAUACCGAGCCUUACAGCCGCGGCCCCCCAACCCCCGCAUCAUCAUCCGCCUCAUCUACCAAUGUCCUCCCCGCCGGUAAACGUGUCAACUUUGUCGACCCCGCCUCCAGCACACUUGCACCACCCCGCCAACGCCCCACCAGCUUCCAGCGCCCACCACAACGCCCGCCAAGCCCAAUUCACAUGCCACCUCCGGAUCUGUCGAAACACACAUGGGCACCACUACAUACGACACAGCUCGACUGCGCGGUGGACCACACGUGGGCCCCAUUUAGGAACAAGCAGCAUAGUAUCCUAUGUGCCGUGUGCCGUGCCAUGGAGUUCGAAGGCCGUGGGGUCCCCGUGAAGAGGAGCUAUUACUGCACAUGGUGUGCAGUAAGGCUAUGUGGUGGGUGCAAGGACGGGCUGGAAAACUGUGAGGGUGGAUUAAGGGAUCUAUGGGAGAAGAUGGAUGAGACCCGAGUAGAGAAUAUGAUCGCCGUGAAGGAGGGACGGGGUAUGGAGAGUAGGGCGGUAGUCAAGGUAGAGAAGGAAAAGGAGACGGCGGCAGAGGUACCACCAGAGCCAAAAAGGCUCACAGCUGGUGACCGAAGGAGUACCGCUCCCCCGCAGGUGCAGGGGCAACGAAGACUAGCCAUUGAGGCCGCACCGCCACCACCACCGCCACCACCAACUGUACAGCGAACAUCCUCGAUGCCGCCCCCGCAGCGGGUAAAUACGAAAUCCCCGCGCCCAACACAAUCCCCGCAACCGCAGGCUCGCCCGCAGCAAGCCAGACCGCGACAAGCAAGUAGCAAUGUCGUCCCCCCACCACGUCAACAAUCGCGGACACCACAGCCGCGACCACAGUCACGGACGCCACCACCGCGUCAACAGUCAAGAACACCACCAUCACAAUCACGGACACCGCAGUCCCGGUCAUCACCGCAAUUGGUGUCUACAAAUACCACAAAACCACAACUCUCAGAGACAAGAGAGCGUUACCGAAUCACCCCUGUCGAAAGCGAGAGCAAGCCCGCAACGGUUGUGCUCGUGGAAAAGCAAAAGGCACCGAGUAUAGCGGCGGCCAGCUUAAAGGAAAAGAAGAAGGGCUGGUUCAGGGGCUUUGGUAAAAAGUAG